UCCUCCGGAAAGCGGAAGCGGAAGUGACGUUCGGGGAAGGUGGGGGCAAUCAUGGUGCCGCUGGGGAGGGGAGAAGCUGCCGCUGCCGCCGUUGCCGGGAGCCGCGGAGACAGGCCAUCACCUUUCCAUUUCUCACAAUUGGGCUGAGCACGAUUGAACCAUGGGGGAACACAGUCCAGACAACAACAUCAUCUACUUUGAGGCGGAGGAAGAUGAGCUGACCCCCGAUGUCAAGAUGCUCAGGUUUGUGGAUAAAAACGGACUGGUGCCUUCCUCAUCUGGAACUGUUUAUGAUAGGACAACUGUUCUUAUUGAGCAGGACCCUGGCACUUUGGAGGAUGAAGAUGACGAUGGACAGUGCGGAGAACACUUGCCUUUUCUAGUAGGGGGUGAAGAGGGCUUUCACCUAAUAGAUCAUGAAGCAAUGUCCCAGGGUUAUGUGCAACACAUUAUCUCACCAGAUCAGAUUCAUUUAACAAUAAACCCUGGUUCCACGCCCAUGCCGAGAAAUAUCGAAGGUGCAACCCUCACUCUACAAUCGGAAUGUCCAGAAACGAAACGUAAAGAAGUAAAGCGGUACCAGUGCACCUUUGAGGGCUGUCCCCGCACCUACAGCACAGCAGGCAACCUGCGCACCCACCAGAAGACUCACCGAGGAGAGUACACCUUUGUCUGUAAUCAGGAGGGCUGUGGCAAGGCCUUCCUCACCUCCUACAGCCUCAGGAUCCAUGUGCGAGUGCACACGAAGGAGAAGCCAUUUGAGUGCGACGUGCAGGGCUGUGAGAAGGCCUUCAACACGCUGUACAGGCUGAAAGCACAUCAGAGGCUUCACACAGGGAAAACGUUUAACUGUGAAUCUCAAGGCUGCAGCAAGUACUUCACCACACUCAGUGAUCUGAGGAAGCACAUUCGAACCCAUACAGGAGAAAAGCCAUUUCGGUGUGAUCAUGAUGGCUGUGGAAAAGCAUUUGCAGCAAGCCACCACCUUAAAACUCACGUCCGUACACAUACUGGUGAAAGACCCUUUUUCUGCCCCAGUAAUGGCUGUGAGAAAACAUUCAGCACUCAGUACAGUCUCAAAAGUCACAUGAAAGGUCACGAUAACAAAGGACACUCAUACAAUGCACUUCCAAAUCACAAUGGAUCAGAGGAUACAAAUCACACCCUUUGUCUGAGUGACUUGAGCCUUCUGUCCACAGAUUCUGAAUUGCGAGAAAAUCCCAACACAACGCAGGGCCAGGAUCUCAGCACACUCUCACCAGCAAUCAUCUUUGAAUCCAUGUUCCAGAAUUCAGAUGACGCAGCCAUUCAGGAAGAUCCUCAACAGACAGCUGCCUUGAUUGAAAGUUUUAAUGGUGAUGCAGAGUCAGUCAGUGAUGUUCCACCAUCCACAGGAAAUUCAGCAUCUUUAUCUCUUCCACUUGUACUGCAGCCUGGCAUCUCCGAGCCACCCCAGCCUCUACUACCAGCCUCAGCACCGUCUACUGCUCCGCCGGCUCCCUCCUUAGGAACUGGUUCCCAGCAAGCUGCAUUUGGCAACCCCCCUGCUCUCUUACAACCUCCAGAAGUGCCUGUUCUCCACAGCACACAGUUUGCUCCUAAUCAUCAAGAGUUUCUUCCGCACCCUCAGGCACCGCAACCUAUCGUCCCGGGACUUUCUGUUGUUGCUGGGGCUUCUGCAUCAGCAGCGGCAGUGGCGUCAGCCGUGGCAGCACCACCCCAACCACAAAGUACUACUGAGCCCCUGCCAGCCAUGGUCCAGACUCUGCCCCUGGGUGCCAACUCUGUCCUAACGAAUAAUCCCACUAUAACCAUCACCCCGACUCCCAACACGGCUAUCCUGCAGUCCAGCCUAGUCAUGGGAGAACAGAACUUACAGUGGAUAUUGAAUGGCGCCACGAGUUCACCGCAAAACCAAGAACAAAUUCAGCAAGCAUCUAAAGUUGAGAAGGUGUUUUUUACCACUGCAGUACCAGUAGCCAGUAGCACAGGGAGCUCUGUCCAGCAGAUUGGCCUCAGUCUUCCUGUGAUCAUCAUCAAACAAGAGGAGGCGUGUCAGUGUCAGUGUGCGUGCCGGGACUCUGCCAAGGAGCGGGCGGCCGGCAGGAGAAAGGGCUGUUCUUCCCCACUCCCUCCAGAGCCAAGCCCCCAGCCUCCUGAUGGGCCCAGCCCGAAGCUGCCGCCUCAGACUUUCUCCCCACCUCCCGUCCCUCUGUCAUCCUCCUCCACCAUACCUUCUUCCUGUGAGCAAAGCAGACAAGCAGAGACUCCUUCAGCCCCUCAGACAGAAACGUUAAGUGCCAUGGAUAUGUCAGAGUUUCUGUCCCUCCAGAGCCUGGACACCCCGUCCCCUCUGACUCCCAUUGAAGCACUGCUGCGGGGGGAGGAGGAGAUGGGCCUGACCAGCAGCUUCUCCAAGUGAAGGCCUGUGUGCUCACCUCCGGGCGAAGAGGCCCGGCAGCAGGGUCAGGUGCGGGGCCUCCCAUCUCGGGGUCAGCAGUUUGAAGGAUGAAGAAACCUGCUGUUGAAAUCCUCACCUUUCAGCCGUAUUUUCUUUAUUCAUAUCCCAGGAGCAUCCAUUUUAAGGAACUGAUCUUUGAGGAAAAAAAAAAACCAACAAAACAGAAAAAAAAAGCUAAGUUAUAAAUGAACUGUUUGGCUGCACUGUAUGUCACUUUUGCUUAUUGUCAUGUGAACUUGGAAAUUAAGGUUACUCGUAUGCAUAAAAAUUCUAAAUGAAAGGGUGUGGUUUCCAUCAAUCUGAUGCUGCCCAACACUUGCAGUGGGGGCUUUGUGGUUUGGGCAGUAGAUUUCAGUGUGUUGGGUGUUGCUCCUCCCCGUGAGUCUUUUGAGUGUGAGGCUGAAGCUUGUUCGGAAGGCCAGACCUCGCUCCAUCGGAGAGGGAAGUGGCAAAGGCAGUUCGGACCCCAUGAGCUGGACAGGGAUUGGGUAAGAUGGUUCUGUUGUUGCGCUUGGUGUCGGUGGAGCUCAGUGUGACUAGGCAGGGUCAUCCGGCAGCUAAAAGCCUGGCCCGAGGCUGUGGGGAUGAUCCGGCUCUGCAGGGGCCCUCGGCGGGUUGCUGACUGCUAGCUGUGGAUGACGGGUGUGCAGAGCAGGCUCUGGCGACACGAUCACAGUCUUCGCCUUCCUGGUUCUUUCUCUCUCGGUUGGUCGCUGGGGCUUGCAGGUUGCGGUGAAUUCUUGGGGAACGUCCCUGUUUUGUACUAGAGCAGACAGGUGGCUUGUGACCAGUUGCUGGGCGGUGGUCUGCCUUCCUUAAUGGUGUUUCCUUCCUUAGAGCAAGAGAGCUGCAUUUUGCUUCUCGGGAGAAGGUGCGGCUUUAAGGGAGUUUUUUUAAGGUGCGUGUCCUUGGCGGGCCGAGUGUGCUGGUUCAGGCUUCAGCAGGCUUCUGGCUGCCCCCUCCCAUCUCCGCCUCUCACCCUCUGGAUUUUGCAUACAGCCUAGUACAGUGCAAAGAAGGAUAUGACUUGCUCAGCUUAGUCAUUUGAUUGCUAAACAAAAACAAAAAAACAAACAAAAAACACAAAACGAUGAUCUUCUACUCAGGGUAAAACAAAACAAAAAAUUCCCUUUCCACCAAAAAGCCUGAAAUGUUGCAAUAAGUUAUCUCAUUUGGAAUGUUUCAUUAAGUUGUGUUAUAGGGAAAAAGAUUUUCUUUUUGAUCUGUGUAUAGAUUUGUAUCCAUCUGUCUGCCUUUGGCUCCAAGUCAUGGCCUCUUAAAAUAAAACAUAAACUACAGUCCACACUAAAAUGGAAAGUUUCUCUCAACUGGCUCUGUUAACGUGGUCCCGCAUGCUCCCCAGACUCCCUGAGCUCAGAAGCUAGGCAUGGCCCAGGGUUCUAGCCUCUGCCCCGAGGAGUGCUUGCCUGCCUUGAGCGAGGAGCAGGCUGCCACAGGCGGGGCUGUUCUUCUGAGUCGACCAGGUCAGGCAGAAAGCAGCCAUCAUUUUGCGUACCUUUUCCACUCCCUUAUGUACAGAGAUCUGCAUUUGUCACACUCCUGUUCUCUGAGCCAUUACUCAGGACCAGCCAAGACAGUAUCCAGAGCAGAUCGUUUACGUGGGAGCCAGGCUCUGCCGCUGACAGGAUGUUUGGGACAGACUUGGACAAGAGGGCAGUGGCAGUAAAUGUUGCUCCUGCCACGAGGAGAAAUGGCCUUAAGCAUAAGCAGCUGGCGGUUUUCACUCCAGGAGUCUCAUCAGGAGAAUUGAUUUCUUUCUGACCUUCUACACUCCCCUCUGGGGACCACUGACCUCAGCAGAAGUUGAUAAGGCAAGAGGAGUCUUGUAUUACCACAGUGGGUUAGUCCUGGAAAACCAGCAGCUGAGCAUGGGUGGUCCUUGCCUGUCUCUGGGCCUUGCACCCAUGGGAAGCUUUGAGGUAGGACCCUUGCUGUUUUCUCUACAGCUUCUGGGAGAGAGCAGUGCGAUGGGACCCCAAAGCUUGCUUAUAUCAGAGGGCAGGAAUGACCUCCCCACAUACCCAUGCUAGGGUUACCUGGGCUUCGGUUCCCUGGGAGCUGAGGUGGGAAACAGGAGCCCAGGGAAGGCCACUGGAAGGCCGUGGUUUAAGUAUUGCUUCUUUCUGCUUAGCCAGGGCUGUGCUCGUGUAGGGCCUACCCAGGUCAGUGACUUUUCUGCCCUCCAGAGAUGGGGAGUGAUAAAGAAGCAUCUUAAAACAGCGUUUAGGCUGACAGAUUUUUCUAGUUGAAGUAUCUGCCUUUUGAGGGUGACUUGAGAUUACAAGGGGGACUGUCAGAUCCAAUCAGCUUUUGAAAAAUCAGGAAUGUGCUUAAAAUGCUAGUGAGUGGUUGUGAGGAGCAGGUCUGUUCCACAGGGUGGGUAGUCUUUCCUUUCCUUCCUCUUCUGGCACUCUUUCCCUCCCCACUCCCUUCUGUAAGCCUGGUCUCCAGUGCCCAGGGCCUUGGAGAAGGGAGGCCACUGGCUAAAGUGGAGCCAAAGGAGCCUUCUUGGAGAGCGUGGUUUCCUAGCCCAGGAAUGAACCGAGGGUGGGGUUAGGGCAGGUCUGCCGACUGCUAGCGGUGACACCAGGCCCUUUUUCUUCCCAUGGUAACCGUAACCAUUUUCGCCCCCAGCUCCCAUUAGCACCUCCACUUAUCUGCCCCUUUGCAGGGAGCUGGGCAGCCCCAGGAUUGGGAGCUCGUGGGCUUGGAGCUGGUAGGGAACGUUGGCUGGCACCGCCAAACUGCCUUAGUGAAUUUGGCCCUUCCCCCACAGGUGGGUGGGGUGUUGAGGGAAGUGGUCCUCCCUUUCCUGGCAGGGUCUGGCCAGCCUCACGGGGGCAUCACUAGUUCGGUGACAAGAGCUGGUAUCAUUUAUUGAAUUCCACCUCCUGCCCCUUUAGAAGGAGAUCAUGGUACAAAGCUUAGGAGGAGCCUUAAGGUGUGAAGGCCUCUCUGGGUAGAAGCAAGGGACUUCUCACCAGCUCUGGAGAGUCAGUAGAUGAGAGAGUUUUACCUUCAGGGUCCACACGGUGGACUGACGGGGAUAACGGGGUGCGGGGGUGGGGUUCCUGAGAGACUUUGUACAUUGUUGAAUGUGUCCAGAGGGACGAGUUUGCAGAACCUCAUAUUGGUAUAUUAAAGAAAUAAUAAAAUAAAAAAGCACUUUAGGUUAUUUUAUCUUUAACCCAAUUGCUGCAAUUUCUUUUGUGUGUAUAUAUAUACAUAUAUAUACUUUCCACAAAGUUUUAUUUUUUGCUCAGAAUAAAAAGUUAAAUUGAGGUGUGAAAAGAAAAGCACUUACUUUGGUGCAAUAUGUGUAGCUUGACGGUCGUUGUCCCAUGUGGCCCUGGCCUGGCCCCGUUUUCCUCUCAUCAGCCCUGUACUCAGGCUGUCUAUAGGGAAACACUAUUAUGCAUUCUCAGCACCUGCUCAAUCUAUGCAAGCUUCCCCUGUGUGCCCGAGGGCGCCCCCUCAGGCUCUCUGAAGAACUGCUGCGAGUCCUGUUUUCUUCUGCUGACUGUCGCGGCCCUUUUUCAUCAUUUCUUGGUCCCUUGCCAUCUUUCCCCUCUUCACCAUUACAAAAUGAUACCUGGAGGAAGGAACAGGUGGUUCCUAGGUAGAAACCUGGCACCUUCUAGACUUUUAUAUUUCUAAUCACAUCGGUUGUCCUUAAUCUUAAAGACUCCUGCAGAGUCACUGAAACCAUUAAAGGUUUGUGGAACUGCAACAAUAUUGCUAAAGAAUACCUUUCCACCAAUCAAAAGUAUGUUUGGGGAGGUGUUGGUAGUCAGGGUGGCAAGAGAGUUAUUUCCAUCCUGCCCCCAUUCUGGCCUGUUGGCUCUUUAAGCAAAAAGCCCUCUAGGCUCCCUUGAAUCCAGUAAACCAAGCUGUUAAUAAUUCGCUUUGUCAACUUUCUUCCUUCCCCCUCACUCCCCUCAUGUUCUCCCCCACCCCAUUUUAUCUUCAAUUCUCAGGCUAGAAUAGAAGAGAGAAGUUUUAAAAUAUACUUCAGCCAAAGCAGAAAGAUUUCCAUAGAUCCAGUGUGCAAAUUCUGCUGUGACAUAGAUCGGAAAUUGUCCAUUCUUUAAUACUUGGGGCAGGGGGGGGCAACAAAACUGAAUUAUGCAUAUCUCUGAUUGGUAGUCAGUCUAGCCUUUCCUCUUGCAUAUUUUUGCGGGAGAGGGAAAGGGUCCCGUAUUUCUUCUCAUGCCUUUUGGGGAAGCUGGCAUUUCUCUGUUAUUCCUGUUCAAGAGAGGGCUUCUCAGUCUGCACUGAAAAAUCCAAAUUAAACUGGAUCUUGCUGUCAAUGUGUACAUAGUACAAGCUUUUUUACUGGAAGCAAAGUUUAAAACACGCUGCCCUUUUGGUGGUGUGCUGCUGGGCCAAAAAUUGGGUGAUAAUGUAGUGUCACUUUCUCAGCUCAAUGCAGUUUCUACUCUCUUUCUUAUGGGAAAACUUUUCAUAAAAUCUUUUUUCACCAAAACCCAGGGGUGUUUUUUGCAAUAUCCUCGUUAUCCUCUUAGUGGUGCCAAGUCAGAAGCCUCUCUUGCUCUUCUCCCCUGUGUCCUCAGGCCUCCCAGGGGCGCUUUUUGACUCAACAGUCUACAUCCUUUGUUGUGUUUUGGAGAAUGUGGGCUUGAGGGUUGGAGUUCAAGGUGGCUGUUCCUUUUCCCUGUGAACUCCUCCUGGUCCCUGUUUGGGGAAGGUGGCUGGAAACAGGUUUUUGCUGAAUCUCUGUCUCAGAUCUUCUGGCCAGGAAAGGCAAGACCCACGAGAGCCUUCUCUUUUGACACACACUAUCAUUGGCCAGAGGUCUUGGUGACAAUUUUUUUAAAUCCCAAAUAGUUUUAUUUGGAUUAUGUAAAAGCCUAUCAAAUUUAUUUAAGUGUGAAACAUGGGAACAACAGACUUCCACUGAGCGAUAUGAAAACGUUACAGGUUCAGUACUUCCAAAGGAAGAAACCUCCAAACCCAAAAAAGAGUAAAUAUGAAUUUGUAUUUUUGAAGAAUGUGAAAUAAUGGUGUUUGCUUAAUUGCUCAUUUUGUAUAAACUUAAUAUUGUACUUUAAAAUAUCUGCUAAGAAGUGAAAAUUUAACUUUUUGGAAUUGAAAAAGCAAUAUUAAAUACUAAUGAAAUCCUAAUUAAAUGCUUAUUUAAA